AUGUCAUAUAAUCCUUCCGCCCCGGUUUCAGGCACCGCCGUCGCACAACCCUUGGCCACCCAGCUCGAUGGCCACGACCUCCAGCCCGCCUUUCCUCCGCCCUCUGCAAAGACGCUCCACGACAAGCGAAGGCAUUCCAGAGGAAAGCUCCCGCCCCAGAUCAAGCGCUCCUCGUCCACGCCUCACAUGCGCGCCCUCGCCCUCGGAGAGUCGAGUCCCAUUUCCCCCAAUUCGGACAAGCGGCGCAACAAGCUGGGCUAUCACCGCACCUCUGUUGCCUGCGGACACUGUCGUCGAAGGAAGAUAAGAUGUCUGCUGGCCCCGGAUGACGCUCAAGGCCGCUGCUCAAACUGCAUUCGCCUUAAGAAAGAAUGCAACUUCUACCCGGUGGAGCAGCAAAAUCCCGGAGAGUCGAGAUCGCAAGCUGCCAAGAGGGGCAGCGUCUCGCAGGUCGCUUCGUCGUCGUCGUCCUCGUCGCCUCGCCCAUCCAACACUUCCGGCCACGAUGCGAUUGAAGAGUACAGCUCAUUUCAGCCCAUGGCCGGUGAGCCGCCACCUGGUUUUGCCGUCACUUCCGACAUGGACGGUCCCCUUGACAUGAAGCCUGGCGGCACUAUCCCCCAACAGAGCUCAUUCCCUUAUUCUCCAAACUUCGAUGUGGCUUCUUGGGGACAAGGUUACCCGAGCCAGACGCCAUCCGACGGACAUUCGGAGACUUCUUCAGUCGCGUACUGGUCCUCGACCGGUGCUCCAGUAUCAGCUUCAUUUUUCACCGAACCCAUCGGUAUACAGGGUCAAUCGGGCCAAGAAUCGUCCCGCGCCCAGCUCAUCCAACCGCAGUUCCCACCUCCCGAGCAGGCAAUGUGGCCGGGAGGCGUCGCACGGUCACUUGGCCGUCCAGCAGCAGAGACACACAACGCACGAAAUGGCGUCUUCAGGGCCCCCAAACACAUCAGUGCAAACAUCGAUGCCCGCGUGGCAGCCUCUCAUGCCUCCGGGGUCUGA